AUGCAGUCUGCCAUUGUAGCAAUACUGAAUAGCAUUGUUUCUUGCUUGAUCAUCAACCUGUCUUUUCUUUUUCUUUUCUUCUGUUGUGUUGCACUUGACAGUGGUGUUGGAAGGAACUGGGGCUGGGCAUCUGCAGGUUGCAGCAUCCUUGCUGAGUUUGGAACACUGCAUAUGGAAUUUGUACAUAUUAGUUACUUGACAGGAAACCCUAUGUUUUACAAGAAGGUUAUGCAUAUUCGAAAACUGCUUCAAAAGAUGGAUCGCCCUAACGGUCUUUACCCAAACUACUUGAAUCCUAGAACAGGACGAUGGGGGCAGCAGCAUUCAUCUGUAGGUGGUCUUGGAGACAGUUUUUAUGAGUACUUACUGAAAGCCUGGCUAAUGUCAGAUAAAAGAGACACUGAAGCAAGGAGGAUGUAUGAUGACGCAAUUGAGGCCGUAGAAAAAAACCUGAUCAGGAAGUCAAAUGGUGGGCUUACAUUUAUUGGAGAAUGGAAGAACGGCCAUUUGGAGAGGAAGAUGGGUCAUCUCACCUGUUUUGCUGGUGGAAUGUUUGCACUGGGGGCAGAUGGUUCACCCAGUGAUAAAGCUGGUCAUUACCUACGAUUAGGAGCUGAGAUUGCACAUACCUGUCAUGAGUCUUAUGACAGGACAGCAUUAAAACUUGGUCCAGAAGCAUUUAAAUUUGAUGGUGGAAUAGAAGCAGUGGCAGUACGGCAAAGUGAAAAAUAUUAUAUUCUCCGUCCUGAAGUGAUUGAAACCUACUGGUAUAUGUGGCGAUUUACUCAUGAUCCAAAGUACAGAAGGUGGGGCUGGGAAGCUGCUCAGGCUAUUGAUAAACAUUGCAGAGUAACAGGUGGAUUUUCAGGUGUUAAAGAUGUUUAUUCUUCAACUCUGUCAUAUGAUGAUGUUCAGCAAAGCUUUUUCCUAGCAGAAACACUGAAGUAUUUAUAUCUUCUUUUUUCUGGAGAUGAACUUUUACCUCUGGACAAUUGGAUUUUCAACACAGAAGCUCAUCCUCUCCCUGUGUUAAACUUAUCAAAUAACUCCUUGUCAGGAAGCAUCACCUUUUAAUAAAUAUUCCUAAGGCAAGAAGAAAUUUUGCUCAUCAGUACUUCUUUAAUCAGACAUUUGUUUUAAAGAUGAUCUUUUAAUGCAUAGCUCAGAUGAACUAUCUUCAUAUGCAUUGUGAAAGAGGACAAGUAUGAUCAUACAGCAGACCUAUGGAAACUCCUUACUUGACCAAAGUGCUGCAAUGUUUCAUAUAUGAUUGUGAACAAAUCCACUUGUUUCACUCAGAAAACAGUAGCAUUCCAAAGGAAAGUUUGCUUCUGAAUAUCCUUACUUUAAAGUGAAAGAAAUGUUAUGAAUAAAACACCAUCUAGUAAGCAUGAUGAAAAUGCAUGUUGAUGUAUUAUUAGAUUGGUCUAAGGGAGAUAAACUAAAUUUGCACUUAAAUAGUUCAGACCUGUUGAAUAACUGUAAAAUAAGUGUGACUGAUUUAAGAAAGU